AGAGAAUUUGAAGCUAGCUGGCAACUCUGUUAGUCGGUCGUUAUGGUGUUUUCGUAUAAAUCAGAUUUAGUUCUCAAAGUAAAUAUUGUUAUAAUUAUUGUGCUGUUCGUAACGUCCCAAGUUUCUGGUAAUCAAAAUUCAUCAAUCGCAAUGACUCAAAUAUUUGCGUGCAGUUUCGAAGUCUUUGGACAAGUACAAGGCGUUUUCUUUCGCAAGUACACAGAAAAACAGGCGAAUGAACUUGGAGUCCGCGGUUGGUGCAUGAACACCCCGAACGGCACAGUAAGGGGCGAAUUGGAAGCUCCGUUAGCACCGCUUAACGAAAUGAAGGAUUGGCUCCAGAACAAAGGUAGCCCCCACUCGAAGAUUAACAACGCCGUAUUUUCGCCAACCAAGGAGAUUGAGAACUAUAGCUUCAACAAGUUCACAAUAAUACGUUAAUCAGAAGUUUCGUUCUAUCUGCGAAGCGUAAAAAAGAAUUGGCAAAGUUUUGCCGAUGUUGUCACAAACUUAUUCUAACUUGUAGGGUCCUAUUUAUAAUUGAGGCUCCAUCAGUUGAUCUAUUAGUAUAUAAUACUCAGAGGCUCCCUUAAAAUGUGUAUGAAACCAGAAGGCCCUUGUUAAAAUUAAAAUUAAAGAACCAACAUAAUAUAUGAUUAAUAUUUAUUCACAUUGUAAGAACCAUUAAAAUCCAUCCCAGUAAAAACAAUAACAAACAGAUUGCUUA